AUGUCAGUUUAUAAGACUCAUAACCACAUAGUAAAAACUUGUAAAUUUAGAUUUCACACAGAUAUAGAGAAAAAUCCGGGACCUUCUUUGCUACUAAUAGACCCUUGGAAAACAAUAAAAGCACCACAUAGCCAAGGAAAUGAAUUAGUACUUGGACAAAAUGUAGGACAACAAUGUGUAGCGAUGAUUUAGUGUUCUUUGAUCUGUAAUAAAAAACGGGAAUAAACUCGUCUGAUGAUAUUGUACAGAUAAUGAAUAUUGGAAAUCAGCUUUAUUCAACUUUGUCUCGAUUAGCAAGACAGUCUUAUUUAAUGAUGACUGAGUUACCUACAAUAGUGGAUGUAUUUGACAGUACUUAUCAGUUUAGGUUCAGUGAAAGCUAUAGUGGUACUCUAGGUCAAGAAACUUAUAUGGAAGGAUAUCAGUACUGCAUGUCUUUGAAAACAGCCUUUGAAUCCUUGAUAUCAGAGAACUACACAUCUUUUAUAUUACCGAUCUGA